GACCGGGGCUGGUAGCCGCACGGGUUGGUAGCCGCACUGGCUUUUUCCCCAAAACUAUAAAUAUGGCGACAAUGCCGCGUCUCGUGUUUUAAAGCUUAAGUCGCGCCCGAACUUUGUGGAACGUUUCAGUCUGAUCAGUGCAAUAGAAGUGAAUGCACGCCAUCAAGUGUUAUUUUGAUGCUCAAUAUGAGAAACCGUAAAAGAACCACUGAAAGGGGUAAGACACCAGCACACAUUAUGCUAAGGGCUGCAAGAGAGGUCAAAUUAAAUAAUAAAUCCAUUAGAGGAGCAGGAACCGAUUACGAUAUCCCUGAAAGAACCCUGAGACGAUUUCUGCAGAAAGUCACGGAUGAAGAGCUUUAUGGCACUAAUGAACUACCUACAACUGCAGUCGGCUAUAUAAAAAAUAGACAGGUUUUCUCCGACGACCAAGAGAAACAAUUAGAGGAAUAUAUAUUAAAGGCUGCCGAUGUAUACUUUGGCUUAUCACCAAAACAGAUAAGAACUUUUGCUUAUGAAUGGGCUGUCUCACUAAAAAUUAAAUUUCCCGAUUCCUGGAAUACAAAUAAAUGCGCCGGACAAGAUUGGUUUACCUAUUUUAUUAAAAGACACGCUGGUCUGUCCAUACGUACGCCGGAAGCCACAAGUUUGGCACGAGCAUCAGGAUUCAAUAAGCACAGUGAAACCUAA